ACUUUCUUCUCCUUCUUCUCCAGCUGUAACUGUAACUCUCAGAUGCCGCCGGUGGUGAAGGUUCUGGUUGCCGGCGAUCAGAGUUAUCUCAGCGUCAUUCUUCGGUUCUUUGUGGAGCAGUUGGCCGGGAAGACUCCAGAUUGGCUGAAUUAUCUUCGUUUCCUCAUCUUACCUCUGGGCCCGCACCCGGUGGCCUCCUAUCUGGCAUCCGUGGAUAGUAAAUACAGCUCUCUGUUUAUGGAUGCGGUGUGGAGAGAUGUCUUCAGUCAGGCUGAAGCCCCUGGGUCAGAUCGCCUUGAUGUGGCAGGAAGGGCGGCACAAUACAUCGCCGGGGCCUCACAGUCACACCAGCUUUACAUCUCUGAAGCCAUGCUGACCUACAGACAGCGGAGGUAA